UUUAUGAAUGAUUUGAACAAUAAGAGUAGUUCUGCGACUCCUGAUAACUUCACUCAUGUGGAAGACGAUUUGUACGAAGUUCCAGUUGGUAUAAUUGUCCUCUUGUCCACGUGCUAUGGGUCGAUUUCUCUCGUGGCCGUUGUUGGCAACUUCUGUGUUCUAUGGAUCGUCGCUACAAGUCGUCGAAUGCAGACUGUCACAAACUUUUUCAUUGCUAAUCUAGCCUGUGCUGACAUCAUUAUUGGACUUUUCUCUAUCCCUUUUCAGUUCCAAGCUGCUUUACUUCAACGAUGGGUAUUGCCCAAUUUCAUGUGCGCCUUCUGCCCAUUUGUGCAGGUUUUGUCCGUGAACGUAAGUAUUUUCACUCUUACGUCCAUUGCUCUUGAUCGUUAUCGAGCUGUAAUGUUCCCGCUAAAAGCCCGAACCUCCAAUCUUCGGGCAAAAGUUGUCGUGCUCAGUAUCUGGGCUUUUUCUGCUGGCCUGGGAAUCCCCAGUGCCGUAGCUCUCCGUGUAAUUUUGAAAUACGACCCUGCCACUGGAAAAAAUUCAAAACCUUUCUGUAAAAAUUCUGAAAUUUCACCCUUGAUAUGGAGAAUGUACAACCAUAUUCUUGUGUCUCUCCAGUACUUUGUUCCUCUGUUUAUUAUCAGCUACGCUUACAUUCGAAUGAGUAUAAGACUAAGGCAGAACCAGACUCCAGGAAAUGCUCAGGGACAACGAGAUGAAAACAUUCUUCGAAAUAGAAAAAAGGUCAUCAAAAUGCUGUUCAUCGUGGUUGCUUUGUUCACCAUAUGUUGGUUACCAUUCCAAACGUACAAUAUUUUACAAGAAGUGUACCCAACAAUCAAUACGUAUAAGUAUAUCAACGUCAUCUGGUUUUGUUGUCAUUGGCUGGCCAUGAGCAACUCUUGUUAUAACCCAUUUGUGUACGCCAUCUACAAUGAGAGAUUCAACACAGAGUUCAGGAAUCGUUUCACAUAUUGUACGAAACUGUUGCGAAGGCAGCAGAAGGAACAGAAGGAAUUGGAUCAUUCUCUCUCCUCCAGAUAUGGGUAACAAAGAGCUGAGAGUCAAUCUUAAAGAUCAGUUAGAAGACUCCUGUGUUUUCAUACGUGGUACAGAUAAAUCGUAGUAAUUUUAUUAGGACAUGGCCAGCAAAAAGAGUUAUUUUUGAAUAAGAAAUUAAUCCAUCUUAAUCGAGCAGGAUUUCUGAGGUAAAUUAUUCUUAACGAAUGUUGUUCGUAAUUUUGUUGUCUUGAUAAAUAUAUUUUUACC